AAGCUUCAUCUAGGUAUAAUGUCUUUGGGUAGUCUUACUUUUGCCGCUUUUGGCCAGCUACAACCAUUCACUAACACGGUUAUGGGAUGUGGAACACUCACUUUUCAAAUCUGAGGAAGAGUAGCUUUGAUUCCUCCAUCAAUUGAUAAUUAGCAACGUUGUAAACCGUUCUCAGAUUGUGUGCGUGGGGUAGAGCGUAUGUUGUCAGCUGCGGUUGGGCAGCGCAUCAAAACACAUUCAAUAGCUGCUCGCUCAUCAGUACCAGGGCAUCUGUGCGACCGCAGCAGCAGUUAUCCUCUCUCCAGAGAUCAUUUAGACUGCUGAUAUUUCUGAAGUAAGAAAUCUACGGCAGAAUUGGUCUUAUUCUGGCAAAACAUUUUCAGUCGACAUGGCGACAAUGUAUAGAAUACCAGUUUUCCCUCACCUGCAGGAUCGCUGUGUGGACCCAGGUCUGUCUCUGUCUCGGGGCAGGAGUGUGAUGGCUGAGCCGGACUAUCUGGAGGGGGACUGUGAGGAGCUGAUCAAGCCAAAGAAGCUGCUAAACCCUGUAAAGGGCUCCAGAAACCACCAGGACCUGCAUCGAGAACUCAUGAUGAACCAGAAGAGGGGUUUGGCUCCCCAGAACAAACCAGAGCUCCAGAAGGUUCUGGAGAAGAGGAAGAGGGAGCAGGUCCUGAAGGCCCAGAGGGAGGAGCAGGAGGCCCACACUAAGAGGAGCGACCUGGAGAUAGAACUCAUGAAAAGACAACAGAAACUAGAACAGCUGGAGUUGGACCAGCAAAAAGAUGAGGAGGAACAGGAGAACACCCCUGAGUUUGUGAAGAUGAAAAGCAACCUGAGGAGGACCAAACAGGAGGCCGAUGGGGAGGAGCGUACUACUUAGGGACCACAUCGCUGUCUUUGUGUGAAAGAGUGAGAGCAACUGUGUACAUAGGGGUAUGUGUGUGUGUGUGUGUGUGUUUGUGUGUGUACAGAGUCUGGUGUGUGUCAUCCGAGGUGGACUCUUAACUUCUCCAACCCUCUUGAGAAAGACUGAAAGGAAGACUACAGGCUCUCUGUAAGUCCACCACAGAGCGCCAGUACAACGGACCACUUCGUCUGUCCCCUCACCUCAGCCAGAAGAAACCACUUCUACCCCCCUCACCUCAGCCAGAAGAAACCACUUCUACCCCCCUCACCUCAGCCAGAAGAAACCACUUCUACCCCCCUCACCUCAGCCUCUCCAUGGGUGGAAAGGUGAACUAACACAGGACGUGCUGCAUGUGAAGGACAGUCAGUCUGCAGAGGUCUGACACACGUUUCCAUUCCCUCUGUCUUGUGCCUGUCCCUCUUUCAAGCCACAGAGAGCUGCCCUUGUAGUUGGUAAUUGUUGUCACGAUGUUUUCUUUUUCUGCGCACAGAAUGGGAAAACCGACACUGGAUGGACUCAAGCUGUGUUUCGUAAAAAUGCCAAAUGACUGUGCUGUUAUUAUUUAUGUUUGUAGAAUUCUAGUUCCAUGUAGGGAGAGCGUGAGAGACGUCUCAGUUUACUUUUGCAGCUCAGUGUCUAAAGCCUGAACAGGUCAGGAUGAGGAUGAGUGCUUGUGUGUGUAAAGGGAAAAAAAACAAAAGGAAAAAAAAAGUUUUUUUAUUUUUAUCUCCAACAUGCCACUUCCUCAGCUAAUGCUAUUUGAAACCUUACUAAAAAGCCCAUAGGUGUGAGAGGUCUUUUAUUUGUAUAAGCAUAAUAAUUUCAAAUGUUCUAGUCUUUUUC